AUGCCAAGAGUAGCCUCUGCUGCGCCGCGUGCGGCUCAACCUCCGGGCUCAGAUUGGAAGGAUUCGUAUUUUAAUUUAGAUGUGCGCUACCAACAACUCCGGAAGUUAUUAAACGCAAAAGAAGAGGAGCUUAAACUACUCAAAGUAGCUCAGCGCAAGUCCAAGGCAUUACUUACUAGUAACACCAGGAAACAGAUGAAUUCUUCAGGUCCGGAAAAUUCGCGAGCACCCACCACUUCCUCCCCGGAGGAGCCCUCAAAGACAGAGGCUAUUAGAAAUGGAAGAACUGAAACACGUAUAGAGGAGGAAGACGUGCUGGUGCCCUCCGUCAAUUUUCCCAAGCCGAGCAGCACAGCUUUCGUAGCCGAUUUGGAUCCUAUUUUAGGUCCCGCCGCUAAGCUACCUGAUCCUGCGAUGAUUUGGGGUUCCGAGAGCAACGCCAACAACUAUGUCAUUGCGAGUGCUCUUUACCACGCUAACGAGGAGCUUCAGAGUAAGCUCAACGAGUCCUCCACUAUGAUUCAGGUGCUUCAACGUGAACUAUCUAGUUCUCGUUCGCUAUGUACAAACCUGCAAGCCCGAAUCGAGGAUCUUGCACAACAGAUACAUCAACUUAUUCGUGAGCGCGAUUUAGCUACCCAGAAGCUGUCGACAUCACAGCAGAGCGUCACGAACCUUCAACGUACUCUGCAGAAUCAUAUCGGGGAGGAACAGAAGCUUCGGUUUUCUCUUGAGAACCAGAUCGCGGAUCUGCGUAGUCGUGUGAUUGUCGGUGCGGAUACGAAUGAUCACCUCACCAAGGACGUUCGCUCGCUGCUUUCCGACUCGAAGGCGAAGGACCAGCAGGUCAUGGGUCUACAGUCAAAGUUGGCGCUUGCGGAGUCCGCGCUGUCUUCACAGCGCAACACGAAUGAAAACCUUUUGCUAGAAUUGAGGGGUCUUAAUCAGCAGCUCGUUGGGGAGCGCAAGCGGGUCUUAGUUGCUGUCAGAGAGUUGGAGCUGGCGCAACUCAGCAAAGAUCAAAUAGCUAAUCUAGAGACUCAGCUUCGACAGCUGAAAGAGGAGCGUGCCAACAUCGAGCGCGAACAUGCAAAACUCUUAUCUGAGUACGCCAACUCCACUCAGGAAGCCCUCCGCCUUGCGCGCCAGGAGGUGCAGGCGGACCUGGCGGACUCACGUCGCGUCGCCCAGCACUGGGAAUGCCUCUCACAGCUGCUCUACAAGGAUGUUGUGGAGCGCACUCAGAAUCACCAGCGGUGCCGCGCGGAAUGUGAGGAAGCCAAGGCGCAACGCGAUACGCUGAGUGUGAAGUUACGCCAGGCCAACGAGGAGCUCAAGCUAUGCCACGCGAAGCUUGCCGUUGUAUGGCCUAACCAUGGCGCAGACGCGGAUGGCCUGUCGGCGGAGGAAGUCCUCGACACAUUUAAGACGCGUGCACCCUCCGCCAUGGUGCGACCUGGUGGUGAGGCGGGGCUGGCAACGCCAUUUUCUCCAUUUCCCACAGCAGCCGCGCCUCAACCACGUGAUCAAACCACAUCUUGGUUGGAGAAGGAGCUGCCUAUUGAUCGGACGACGACCGCGGACCGCAUUCACGAGCUUCAUGAGGCCAACGCUCUGCUGGUCGCUGAGGUUGAGCAGCUGCGGCUGGCGAACGAAAUGCACUUAGCGCGCAUCGAGGCGAUCACCGGUCGACACGACAAAGAAAAGCAACACAUGGCAGACGCGAAGAAGGAGAUGGAGUCGCGUGAGGCGGCCGGCAGGGCCUUGCUAACGCGGCAGCUCGAUCGGGUGCAGUUUCUUGAAUCCCAGGUCCGCUCGUUGCGUGGUUACCACGUCAGCCCCAGUACGACGAUGGAGAGCAUUCCCGCUUCGGAGACGGUGCUGGAACUGUUCCUAGGCCAGCUGGUGGCAGUGGGGGUGCCGGAGGGGGUCCCUGUACCGGAGGACUUCUCACAGGUUUUUUGUUCGGUUGAUUUUCUUCUGCACGAGACCGUCACUACCCCCACAGUACGUGGCUUUAAUGGGUUCUUCGACACCACGAUAUCUUUCCGCAUUGCAAUGGAUGCUCUCCUGCUGUACUACUUACAGACUCGCCAGCUUCUGGUGCAGCUGCAUCGCAUUCGCAGUGAUGAUGAGGUAUCAUCGAUGUUGAAUGCCCACGGUGCCGAAGAGCAGCGGGAUCGGGGCGGGAAAGGGUAUGAAGUGGAUGACCCCCGUAGUUCGAUUGCGCGUAGCGACCAUGAUGGGUUAAAGAUGGUUGAGCGUCUGUUUGAGACCGUGGCGGAGGGCUGCGUGAGCCUAGUAGAGCUGGUAACGCGAGAGGAAAGUUUGCACGCAGCCAGACCAUCGUUGAAGGGCCACAUCAAGUUGCUCCGUUCCGAUACUAAGCACGUGGCAUCUGUGGAGUUCUUUUUGACAGCGCGCACGCCCUUUUCGGAAAGCUUCAAGGAGCUUGUGACGGGGACACUCCCCACUGCUGGAGAAUCAGCGCACUUGCAAACCCCGGCAGCUUCCAACAGACAACUCAGUUCUCCUGGGGCCACUCCUUCGGGAUCUCUGCCUGCCAUGGGUCACUUUACGCGGCUACACGAUUCAAUCACGGACGACUCCUCCGUUUUAUCUCGGCGUGGAGGUGAGGACAGGCCGAUUCGGCCUUCGCACCACGGAGGGUUGAUGCAACUUAUCCUUGCCAGUACACGGACGAAUGCCACACUGACAGGAUCACUCCUGUCGUCAUACUAUUCGAGUGCCACCGCCGAACGCUCGAGUAUUUCUUCCACGGAUCGCAGUUAUCGCCCACGUGAGCAAUCCGCACACAAUCGAGGGCACGAGGACGAGAUGAUUCGACUGCGUCCUCCUCGAUCCUCCUCCGUUGCGGGGGUGAAAUCGAAUUUUUCCUUACCUCGGGCAGGCAGCGUGGUUCCGGGUGCGGAGUAUUCCGGUGAGGUCGGUGGCUUUGCGCACAUUUCCCGAAGCUUCCUGACUUCCUCGCCCUCGAUGGAUCGUCAGGCCCCGGCCCCAGAGCAUCAGAUCCACGCCAUCGCCGUCGACGUCGUUCGGGUUGAGUUGCCGACGGAUUUGUCCCCCCCUCUCCCGCGGCUGUCGUGCCUUUACACGGUCCCUGGGCUCACGCGCGAGGUUCGUCUUCGCGCGCCCGCUCGCGCGCAGUACACCAUUGAGUACCCCCACCCGGCCGGACGCCCGUUCGGGGAGGUCUUCGCGAUCGACUCCCUCGCCCAGCUCGCCCGCCUGGCGCGGGAGCCGCUGACGUUUUUCUUCGCAGAUGAGGACGCCGGAGUAAACGGAGGCAAAGGGAGAGGUGGGGAAGAGGAGGGAGGAGGGGGGGUCUGGGCGAUGGCGCUCUGCGAGUGCGCAGGGGCGAUGGGAGAUCCCGGGCGGCCGUGGGAGGUUGCGUUGCCGCUGUGGCGAACCGCCGGUGGGGGGGUGCGGACGGCCCUCCGGGAGGGCGUCGUGCGGGUGCGGAUCACCGCCUUCACGGAGGGGGGGACGGCGGGGCUGCCCCCCCCUCCCGAGAGCCCUCUUAAGAGGGAGGAGGGGAGGUCGGAUCCACCACAGCCUCCGGGAUCGCCCCCCGCCACGGCGUUGACUGCUCGUGAUGGGGAUGGGAGCGAAGGGCGUGUGGAGGCAGGAGCAGGGGGCCGAACCCCUUCCCCGGGUCUUCAACCCCCCCCGACCCUCACAGACCUGCGAGGCGCAUGGAAUCUUCAAUCGGAACGCCAACAGGUUUCUGCAUUCCCCGGUCCUGCCUCUUCUGGUGUUCUCCGAAGGGGUGCUCGAGGAGAUGCGGGCGUGGGUGGCUCGCCUUCGCUUGAAGAGGAAUUAAUGAGGCUGGAGUAUGAGAAGCACAUUAAUAAGGGCUAG